AUGGGCCAUAACAUUUCUCUUUGGUUUGAUGCAUGGCACCCGGAUGAUAGACUGAUUGACGCUUAUGGUUUUCGGGCUGUUUAUGAUUCUUGCCUUAGUCUGAAUGCUUGUGUCUCCAUUGUUCUACAUGAAGGUUCCUGGAAUUGGCCCCCUGCUAGAUCAAAUGAUCUAGUGGCUAUUCAGGUUAGACUUUCGGAUGUUAAAAUUGGAGAAGUGGAUGUUGCUGUUUGGAAGUUCAAGAGUGGUGUUUACUUUUGUGGAGAAACUUGGCAUUUUCUUAGACCUAAGUUCCCUGUGGUCCCUUGGUGGAAGGUUGUAUGGCAUCCCAUGGUUAUUCCUCAGCAUGCUUUCAUAUUGUGGCUGGUUUUCAGACAGGCCACUGCGACUAAGGAGAAAAUUCUUAAGGGUAAGGGGAUGCACACCACUCUUUGUAAGCUUGGUUUGGCUACAGUUGUUUACCACAUUUGGAGGUUGCGAAAUGAGCUUUGUUUUGGAAAUUCCCCCUUUAUAGAGGAAGCCUUGGUUGCUCGGAUCAAAUGGGAUGUUAGGACCAAGGUGUUGACCCGAAAAUUCAAGAGAUCUCCUCUUGAUAGGCAACAUUCGGCUUUAUGGAUGUUGUAG